AUGGAAGAAGCCGAACUGCAAGUGUUCAUGCUAUCGUCUCAAUUCUCAGCGUUUGCCCCAACUAACCUGUCUGACAGCGAACCGUUUUUCGUUACAACGUGGGCGGCAUCCGAGAAGCGGCUCAAAGCCCUCCUUGACCCUGAUGACCUUGAGACUGUACAAGCGUUCCCAACCCGACAGAGCACCAUAGAAUGGCUUCUAGGGCCCGUACAUUCCCCCUCAUUAACACUUCUGCGGCCUUCUUUGAGCCAUUUGGACGCCUUUGCGAAGUUUUUCGAAACCAUCGUGAGCUCCGGUCUCGAUGCGUCAUAUCUUUGGGCUACUGAUCUGACCCCUUUCAUGCAGCUUGUAUCUAGGGAUAUCAAAACAAGAGACCAGAUCCCACGUAUGAUCAAGACCCUGAUGUUCAAGGUCGAGGCUUUCAACAGCUACUCCUCGAGAAUCCAGCCAGUUACCACUCCUGUCAAAGAAGUUUGUUUCGAUCUCCAAUUUCACUUGGCAGAGUUUUUUACUACCUCAAUCAGGCAAAUACGCGCUGCAGAAUCGAGUGGACGCAGUAGCGGACAUAGAAACUCUGACAAUGAACCCCAGCAAAAGAUUCAGCGCCGGCAUGAGAUGGCUACGUUGGAGAUUACGGAACUGCUGUCGCGGCUAGAAGUGCUUGACAAGACUCGUCGCUCGAUAGGUCCUGCGAUUCGUUACUCAGGGCCUACACAACGAUGUAUCAUGAUGCCCCCAGCAAGUACAAGCCAUCUGUUUGAUCGCCUUGACAUUUUUGUUCAGCUAGACGAACUCCUCAGUCCUGGUGUUGGAAAUGGCUCGUUUCGAUCGGUCGCAUUGCACGGCCUUGGGGGUGUGGGCAAGAGUAGCAUAGCAUGCUCAUACGCCGAAAAGAAAUUCUCAGAGCACUUUUAUGAUGUAGUUCUAUGGGUUGGAGGAGAUAAAGAUAUUUCCCUUCGACAAGGCUUCACCGAUAUUGCUUUGAGAUUGAAGCUUUCUGGAGCACGGCCUCACAUGCAUGAUGAGAACCAUGUCCUCGUCCAAGAAUGGAUGGAGACAACGGAUUGCAAGUGGCUCAUUGUCUUCGAUAAUGUCGAGUCGAAAAAGGUACUGGCACCUUUCUGGUUCCAACGGUCACGCUCAGGCACAGCCAUCAUCACUACACGUGACCGAGCACUCGCUUUCGAUCUCGCGACUUCGGGAAUUGAGAUAAACUCGUGGGACGCCGAAACGGGUGCAGACUUUCUUCUGUUCUUAUUGAGGAAAAGCGUCGGUAAAGACCUGAAUUCGGACACUUUGUCCGCCCGUACCCUUUCCGAGAAGUUGAGCGGCCAUGCACUAGCAAUCUUCAACAUGGCAGGCCUUAUAUCGGAUGAGACCUACUCUCUACAGGAGUUCACCGACAUGUUCCUGGAGGACCCUAGCUCCGCACGUGGAAUGGAUGAGCUUGCGACGCUGUGGGAAUUGACCUUUCGAUCUCUUGACACAAAUAGUCUCUGCCUUCUAGGGGUGGUCUCUUUCCUGAUGCCCAACAACAUAUCGUCGAAGUUGUUUGAACCUGAGCACGCUCAAGAUUUACCACCAGAUCUUCAGUUUUUCAAGCAAAGAUUCAGGCAGGUACAGUAUCACUGUUUGCACCAGUUCAAGGUUAACAUUCUGAACAGCUUCUUCAAUGCUCUACGCAAACUCACCUCACGAUCGCUGAUCAAACGUGACAAAGACUCGGGAAUAUUGACCGUCCAUCGUCUAGUUCAGACUCAGUUCCGCCAUUUUCUUGGACCAGAAAGAUGUCAAGAAAUGUUCAAUAAUACCGUGGCACUUAUUUCAUGUGUUCUACCACGUGGUGAUAUUGAGAAGGGUCAACUUUACGAUAGCUGGGAUUGGUAUGAUCGCUUCCUUCAGCACGUAAUGAAUCUCAGGGAUGUUUUUGAGGAGGAGAGGAAAGCCUCGCAUACGUUCACAGCUCCACAACGUUUCUGUGAAAUCCUCAACGAUUAUCAAAGACACCUUUAUGAGAGGUGCGCCUUCGAAGAGUGCGAACGUACAUGUGCUAUUAAUCGAAUUGCUGUCUCUUCACUUUCGUCAACGGAAGACAAGGCCGAUCUGGAAGCAACCAUCAUCUCCCAUCAGGCUCAGGUAGUUGAAAAACUCGGAGAUUUUCAUCAAGCGCAACAGGUAUGCGAGCGAGGUAUUAGUCUUCGGCUUCGGGAAUCACCUCAGAAGAAAAUUCUCCUCUCAUAUUCGAGUUGCAAUCUGGGCAUCAUCUACAGCAGUGCGAACGACUUUCCCAAGGCCAUGGAAUGUUUCCAACAAGCUCGCCAGUGGUGGAAGUCUCACUUUGAUGACAAAGCAGAAGCCAGAACGUACGCCGCUUCAAUUCUUGUCAGUGAGGCCAGAUGUGUGCUAGGUCUCGGAGAUGUACUCCAAGCCGAGGCUAUGCUCAUGAAGACCAUAGCCCAAGUCAAAGAAGAGAAACCUCUCAACUUCGGGACCCUAGCCUAUGCGUUCGCCUGCCUGGGAACGCUUGAUCGACAUCGCCAGAGGUUUGGAGCGGCUGAGGAGCACUUCAUGGAGGCACAGAAUGCGUGGCUCAGGAGUGACCAGACCCGGCUACAUCCUUUCAAUGCGGGAAUUCUGUACAAUAUCGGCGCAUGUUGCCUCGAUCAAGGCAAGGUUGAAGCGACUAUAAAGCAUAUUAAAGACUCUUUGGAAGUGACGGAAUUCUUUGGUCGCACAAUGCCGGUCGAGCAUGGACGCAAUUUGAUGAAACUCUCUCAAGCACUCUCACGAGACGAAGAUCGAGCUGAGCAAGCAGCUAUUAAACUCGAGGAAGCCGCAGUUUAUUUGAGGAAGAAGAGUCCAGAUGCCGCAUCUAUUGGAUCCGAAGCUGCGUACAAUGAGCUGAUUCCGGUUUAUUGGAGAUAG